AUGCCCUCCUCCUCUACUCUACCGCACGAUAACCACUUUCAUUCCCAGCUUAAUCCGUCACAAAAUGUGCCUGCCUCCACCCCGAUUCUCCGCCUGCCAACAGAACUGCUUAUCUCGAUUCUCGAGCGCUGUGUCGAUGACAAGCCGGAAGACCGUGACGACGAUGAACCGCUUCCCGUUCUGGUCAAGGAUCAGUGGCUGGCUCUUUCCACUGUCUGCUCCCACUGGCACAGUGUUGUUAUGGGGACACCGACGAUUUGGACAGACAUCCAUGUCUGGUCGAUACCCACACGACAAGAUGCUCUUUCCGUCGAGCUGGUCCAGCGCGCUCUGCUGCGAGCCGGGAAUGCCCCGCUCCGCCUCAAGCUUGACGUAGCACAGACCUAUGACGCACAAACAGGCCAGCCUAUCCAACGACAACUCUUCACCGUCUUGCGCGCGACUUCAGAGCGCUGGCGAUCACUCUCAUUGCGUGUUGCACCACUUCAGCUACUGAACCUUGCGCCUAUUCGCGGGAAACUGCCUCUUCUCGAGCGGCUGGAGCUGUCCAGCAGUAACGCUGCCCACGACAGACAAUUCCUCGCAGACUGCAAUCUCUUCGAAUUCGCCCCCGCCUUGCGGAGUCUCACAUUCGAAGACUUCCCUCCUCGCGUUGCGUGGCACCAGCUCACAGAAGCGCGCCUGACCUUCCCCUUUGGAUUCUACAGCCAUUUCCAUAAGGCGGUUUAUCGUGCGCUUGUGUUUGUCGAGCGCUGCUCCGCUUCAUGCAGCGUGACGGUCUGGGGUGUCAGCCCUCCUUACCACCAGGACCACUGGCAGCAGCAACUCGCCGACUGGCCUACCGACCCGCUAUUCACAUCACCAAUCAGGUCGUUUACUCUUGCGCCGUUCUCCCGCGACGACGAGCAGGUCCAGUUGGCCGGGCGACUCCUCCGCCUGCUCGACCUCCCUAAUCUCACUGAGUUGAAGCUCCAGUCGGCAUGGCGCGCGGCCAGCUUCUGGGACCCAGCUGCCUUUGCCAUGUUCGCUCGUCGCUCGCCGAACAUCACCGUUCUGCAUCUGCGGCGGACCUAUAUAUCCCCGCCGGCGCUUCUCCAGGCGCUCCGCCAGGUGCCGCUGUUGGAGGAUCUUGCUGUUGGGGAUAUGCACCGUAAGGAGGCGUACCAUUUUGCGAUAACCGACGAGGUCUUGCGCGAGCUGCUCGAGCCUGGUUUGGUGCGGAACCUUUGCCGCCUGGAGGUCACGUCGUUUCUCCAUUUCGACCAUGGCCUGCUGCUCCAAGUUCUCAGGGACCGUGCGCAGCGGACAGAGACUUUUGUCGUCCAUGCUGUGGUGCUGGCGAUGACGAAGGAGGAAGCGGAGUAUGGUUUGCUGGCCAAUGAAGGGAGACGCCGGCUUGCGGAGACGCUCGCGCUGGGCUAUCGGGAUGGGUUGCGGUACACGAUUGUCGUUGAUGUAUUGUAG